CCGUGCUCCAGUUGGAAGCGUGAGCCCCAGAAGCUACCCAACCCCAUUAACCUAGCUUAGCUUGUUGUGCAAAUCAGCCUAUCACGGGAUCACCGGCCUUCCGAGGACCAACCGGAGCCCCGCUGGCUGGCUGAGGACCCUUCUGCCCCCCUCCUCUUUUCCCUCCCUGGGAGAGGAGGUGGAUUUUCUGCAGCUCGGUGGCUUUUGUCUUCAUUACCCCCUUCCCACCUCCCCCCCCCCCGUCAUGGUGGGUCACCCGCAGUUGCAAGGAAUGGAAAACAGCAUCAAGGAAAAGAACCGGGAGAGUCUACUGGACAGUCCUGAUUCGGGGCUGCCCCCUAGCCCGAGCCCCCCUUUCUACUCCUUGUCUCUGGGUGGAGCUGAGAGCAAAGCCGCAGGCAAGAAUCCCUGCUCGGAAGCUGUGGACCAUGGGCCUGUGAGAGAUGGGCAGGAAGGGAGACCGAUUCCUUAUGUCCUUCUGAACUCCUCUGCUUCUGAAAUCAGACCUCGAAUGUACCCGGUGUUUUUUGGGGAAAGCAUAGAGGUCAACCCUGAGCCAGCGCAGGAAAUCAGAUGCAAUUCGGAGAUCAAGUACGGCUCGGAGAGGCAUUACCGGGACGACAUCUUCUACCACCCCAUGCCCACCAUCACGACGUACCGAGAGACUGUCGUUGUGGCCCCCAACUGCACUUGGCGCAGCUACAAGUCUCAGCUGCUUUUGGAGCCUCGCCAGAAGCCCCUCAGGUUUCGGAGCACCACCAUCAUUUUCCCCAAACGGGCCAAAAACCUUUACCGGACCACGCUGAACUACCGGCUGGGGUCUGCCAAGAGGUGGUUUGCCUCCAGCGUGCAACUCGCCUUGUGCGAGGAGAACAACCCGGGCGUGAUGUAUUCCGAGAACUUGUCCUAGACCUCCCAGAGGUCAGGUUAGGCUACACCUCACCCUACAGUUUAGGACUGCCUCUUGGAGACACCUUUUCAAGCUUAGUCAUCAUCUGGCUGAAGGCAUCUCUGGAACGUCAGCAGGGUUACGAUCUUCUCUUGCCAACUUGAUUGCAGGGCAUGCAAGUGUUUUUCAUGUUCCAAGAACCGGUUGGGAGAGAGAACCUCAUCUGAAGAGGUUAAAAUGAGGGUUGGAUACUGGUCCUCCUUGGAUCCAGCCUUAUUUAUGUAGCACUUAAAUGCAAUGUUAAUCAUGAAGUCUUGCUUAGUAGUUUGCUAUUUAAAACCCACCCCCCAAACUAUUCCUUUCUAUACGUUUUUGCAGAUUUCUCUGUUGUUGACCGGACGCUUAAGCAUACGUUUCCUUGGAAAAGAAUAUUAUUCAAGAAGCUCCUUGCCAGUUUGAGGAGCCUAAGUGUUAAUUUCAUCCAUAGCAUUUUGCUAGAAAGCCCAAGAUAUCAAUGAUGGGGUCAGAGUCUGGAUUAACAUAUAGAUGUGACCCCCAGAAUGUGGAGGAAUGUUUUGUAAGAAUCAUGCCGGCUAAACCAUUUUAAAGUUAGCUUUUGAGGGGAAAAAACAACAGUUGUCUUGGACCAAAUGUCUUCUCCCCCCCCCGCCAAAACAUUCUGUAAAAACGGUCUAUGAAAUUCACACUAAGGCUUUCUAAAUGAAGAGUUUGCCUGUAUAAUGCCUGGGGUGUUUUUCCAGAUGGGACAGGAAGUGAAUGCAUGGAAACAAGAAGGAAAAUUGACUUAAAAUUGCCAGCCAUUGUGCAACUGAGGAACUGAAGAAAACUCUGGAUAUGCCACGCCACAAUCUCAUUGCUAGUGUAUUUACUGCUUUUAAAGACUGGGAUUUUGAGCAUAUUUGGGCUGCAAAAAUCCAGACCUCCGUUAGAAGCAGCAAAAAGAGAGAGAGGCAGACCAGCACUGUGUGCAACCCUGAUUUGAUCUUCGUUGUGCUGGGUUUUUUUGUUUUUUAAAGCUUUUGAAAGGAAGACAAAUCCAAAUGAAUCUUUUGGCACGAUCAGAAAGUCAGAAUUUUGGAGAAAUUCUUACUCGGAACGAUCUUAAAACAAUGCCUUGGUGAGCCGUAGGAAAUGCAGUUCUAAACCUUUUUUUGGUAUUUAAGACUGGAGAAAUCGAAGCACAGAGAAGGAAUUAGACAAGUCGCUAGAAAUGUUGCUUGGGGAUGGCAGACUGUUGCUUAGAGAGGGCUCAAUUGCACAGAAACGGUUAAAGAAGUAAAUCGUUCUCGGAAUAUAUAUAUAUAUAUAUAUGGCAUAGUUUGAAUUGUCCGCCCAACGUUGAGCGUCGUGCCCGCUUUCUCCAUAGGACGUCCGCAGCAACGGCUUCAACACGGUGAUGCAGACCGGAUGAUCGGAGGUUCCCCUCUGCGUAAGGUGCGUUGUGCGUAUUGUAUGUACACGAAAAAGCGGUGGGGCUCAGACCGCCCAUCACUUUGGAGCCUGUGAGAGUCACAGUGGAUGCCCCCAGCCUAAGUGACACAAUUAUCCCGCCUUAAAGACUUAACGGCACCCAAAACCAGUAAAAGAAUCUCAACCCAGCCACGAGUCUUUGCACUGAACGUUUUGCAUGGCUUGGGGGCGGUAGGAAACACGCUCGUAUGCAUCGGAGGCCGGGCCUUUUUUCAAUAAAGUCCUUCAGCUGCGGUGGGUGGUUUUUUUUAAAACCAAGCUGACAUAUGGACAAGACUGGGAAAUCCACGAGUGGAACAUCGACAAGGCUGGUCGCCAAGGAGCUGAAGUUCUGGAGAUGGCUGCACUCUGUUGCAUUCCUUCUCUUCCGUUUCUCACAUGGAGCGCGCGUGCUCAAGCCCUACACCCUUCUCCAGGUGGUUUAGAUUAGGGCCCCCAAAAAUAUCCAGAAGGAAAAGAUGCAAACUGUUGCACGGAUUAGACAGUGCGGAAGUCUGACGGAGGGACAGCCUUCGCCAAACACUGAUUUUUGCACCUUGUCGCGUCUUCCAGGGCCUGUUUUAAGCUGAGGUUUUCUCUUUGGCCAACGCAACUUAGUUGGACUUCUCCCAAAUCUCAUUAUUCAGGACCUCAGAGGGUUGGGUUGGGGUGUAUUCAACUGAAGUGGCUGUUGUAGCUCUAGAAAGUAUGCAAGGUUUAAUGCUAGGGUCAUGGGAGAAACCGUAAGACGUAUUCUUCAGAGGUAAAUCAGUUACAGCCUGCUUGUAGAAGCUGAGAUUACUAUUCUCGUUUCAAGGAAUGAGCUUCUCUCCGCGCAGGUUGGCGUUUAACCAAAGGCCAUACAUGUUUUCCCUCACGUGAAGAGUCACGCUGGUCAUACAUGUACCGUUUCUUCCCUGGUGUCCUUGUCUAAAGCAAGACCACCGUGUUGACCCAACUUGAAUGCGUCCAAUUUGAGUUUUUUAUAGAUAUUUGAAGCUAAGCUGUUGCAGAGGAAGGGUUAAUAACUGGACAGGUUUUUAAUAGGGUCGUGUCUGAUGCAACACCAAAUUAUUGAUCCGACUCUGAUCUACUCUAGAUGGGACUACAAACCACCAUUGUGUCUUUCGGGCACAGAGGUGAACCCUAGUCGGUUCUCGUUCUUUACAUCUUCCUCCGGAUACGAUCACAGACGGUAGUGACUGGUCUUCUGGUCGGUUCUCCUCUAAACCCCGAGGCAAAAUUUGCACAUCUUCUUUGUAUGCUGGAUUCAAAUUACGCUUUGGACUUUGGCUGUUAAACGUUGUGAUCUAGACAAGGCCUGUCUGAACAAUUCGUUGCCCUGAAUAAACUGGUAGGUUCGUCGAGCAUCAUUGUAGGGUCGGAAAGUUGAAGUUAAGAUGUAAGUGUACAAAUGUGGCGGAAGAUGGUUCGGUGGUCAGACGUGGGGUGAUUAGAGAAUACCGAAUGACUCUUGGGAUCUUAGAUCUGUCGUUAUAGCUCUGCUCUUGCUGAACACUAAUGAAAGUAUUUUUGGUUUUUUAUAUGUUACAAUAAAGCGGUGUUUUUCAAACUUGGCCACUUGGAGAGGGGUGGAUUUUGCAGUCGCUUUUUAUUUUUAUAUCUCUAUAAAUGUAUAUAUUUCUCCUGAUGCCUCUUCAAUAAUGCCUUCCUGUCCAACUAACAGAAAUAAUUUAAGGAUUUCCAAAGGCGUUUACAAAACAUAUCUAACUUAAUAAA